AUGGCAUCAAAAAACCAGUCCAAUUUCCAAGAUUUCUUGCCCCUGAUGGCAGAAAAACUUGGUGGGGAUGGUCUGAUAGGAGAACUUUGUAAUGGGUUUCAAGUCUUGAAGGAUUCUGAUAAAGGGGUAAUCACAUUUGAGAGUCUUAAGAAGAAUUCUGCCUUGCUGGGGCUAAAAGACUUGUCUGAUGAUGAUCUUCACAAUAUGUUAAAAGAAGGUGAUUUUGAUGGAGAUGGAGCGCUCAAUCAGAUGGAAUUUUGUGUCCUGAUGUUUAGAUUGAGCCCCGAGUUGAUGGAGCAGUCCUACUUUUUAUUGGAAGAGGCUUUUCAAUCUGAGGGAUUUCAAGAUUUUCAUUUUCCGUUGUAA